AUGGUCAAGGAAAAGGAGGCGAUGAGGACGUUAGCCCUCCUCGAGGUGAGACGAGGAAAACGGAAAGUCCCGGGUGAAGGGGGAGAAGAGUUUCACAAGGAAGCCCGCAAUCGCGAAACUUCUCAUGUCGAGCUCUCCAAAACCCCUGGUGAUACCUUCUGGGACGCUCUCGAGCAAACAAAUCCGGUGGUUUAUGCGGCAAUUGAGCAAUUUGCAAAAGAACAUGAACAAAAAAAACAAUCUUACCGCCAGCCUAGCCCACAAUCACCCAGUGUCGAGGAGUUGUUGAGAAAGAAUUGGGACUCCCCUCCAAGAGGUAACGUUCACUCUCAACUAGGGCCUAAAGCUCCUCCGGAGAUGUCUUAUCACGAUCACCGUGAUACCCACCACAACUCAAGAUACCUACCUUAUGGUCAUCAGAGGUACGACAUUUCAUAUCCUGAAGAGCCCUAG